AUGAAUGGUAACACAUUCCAUCCAGCCAGCACCACAGCAACAGUAGGAGGUGGCCCUGGCGUGGCAGCGCCCCCUCGAGGCUGGAGGGAGUUCUGCGAGCUGCAUGCCAUCGCCACAGCGCGACAACUUGCGGGACACUACCAGAGCUUUGCCAGGGAACGCCCCCAGCAUGACAUCCUUCCGCCGGAGACAUUUUCCAAGCAGUUCACCGACCUCUUCCAGCAACACUUCUGCUGUGAGGUUGACAACAAUGGGACACCUCUCCAGCAGAGCACCUGCGCCACCGCACCUGGCAGCACCCCUCCGGCGGCUUCUACUGUUCCAUCGCAGACCAUGAUCGGACGAUUAUGUAUCACCUCUUUGUCCGGGGUGCAGGACUACCGGGAAGCGGGUCGACAAGCCGGCGCCGCCACUCUCUUUACCGUGGUUUCGCCGAAACUGGAGCCGGUUGUAGUGAGCAGGGAGCAAGAGCAGCCACUGCGAUGUGCUGGGAGAAGCCCUCGUUCAGGAAACCCAGUGCUGCUCAGGGGCUUGACCCGUUCGUUCGGCAGCGGCUCAUUGUUGUUCCGUAGCCGUAGUAACGAAGAGCUGUCUGGCACAGAUAGUCGACAAGUAUCUGACUCUUUAGCUUCCAGUCCAGCACAUACCGAUGCCACACACUUCUCCGUCAGUCAGAUUCGGCAGUCUGUCCGGCGGCUUUUUAAGAAACGGCCGCUACCCAGGCCGCCGUCGUCACAGGACCUGUCUGCCGACAACCCCAAUCAUUCCCUUACUGGACCCUCAACCAGCAUGCCCUUCACAUCUGAGCAAAUAUUACCCUCCUCAUCCUCACAAACCCCCUCAUCUCUCAACUCUGAAGCCACGCCUACGACAUUAUCACCUCUCUCUGGAGUAGCUUCCAACUUUCUGGAUCGUUUCCGUUGGUUACGUGGCAAUAGCAUGAGGCAGAGGAGGUCUGAGGUCAGCAGCUGUUGUAAAGAGGGUCAACUGAGGUACUUGUUGGUGGAUGACACCAUCUCAGACUCUCUGCCACGAUGGCAGCGCUGCCGCCUGCUGGUCAGGAGGAUCAGGGACGCUGAAGUCGGAGUAGGUGACGGCUACCAAUUGGAGCUUUAUGAUCCACCAAAGGCCUCCGCUCCCAAACUGACCACUCGCUGCUCAGACAUUCAUGAAGUGCGUCGCUGCAACCGGCUGGAGAUGCCUGACAACUUAAACACGUUUGUUUUAAAGGUUAACCGAGGCAGCUUAAUAUUUGAGACGGAUAAUGACCAGCAGGUCAGCUCCUGGACCACAGAGAUUAAAGAAUGCAUCAGUAACAGGUCGAACAGUGUGGAUCUGGAGCCCCUCCCGUCCCCUGCCGACAGCGCCGUUUUAACCAAUCACAGGCCAAGCUCAGAAUUAGGAAGCCAAAGCGAUUGGCGGCCCACUCCCUCCCACCUGGCUCCCCAGGCGCGCCCCGUCACAAUUAGCUGCCCAGUCACCCUGGCUUUGCCUGAACCGCUCAUCCACAAGACAGAUCACUUCCUCUUCUCCUACCCGUGGUUCCACGGGCACAUCUCGCGGGUCAAGGCGGCCCACCUGGUUCAGAGUUCAGGGGCCGAGGGUCACGGCGUUUUUCUGGUGCGUCAGAGCGAGACGCGGCGAGGGGACUACGUGCUUACUUUUAAUUACCAAGGAAAAGCCAAGCACCUGCGCCUCUCCUUGACCGAGUGGGGACAGUGCAGGGUUCAGCAUCUGCGCUUCCCGUCCGUCGUGGAAAUGCUCAGCCACUUCCGCCUCUUCCCCAUCCCGCUUGAGUGUGGAGCCGCCGGUGCCGUCACGCUCUCCAGCUUUGUCGUGGCAGGCACCAGCCCUCCGUCGCAAGGUCAGCUCUCUGGCGCUCUCUUGAUGCCGUUCUCCCUGCACCGCUGGAACUCGGAGCCCAGCCUGGCUCACUGCAGCGGUCCUCGCAGCUGCAGCCAUCCCCCCUCUUCAUCAUCGUCCUCCUCAUCCUCUUCAUCCUCUUGUGCCGCCACGGGCGUCUCCGGCCCACAGUUGCCCCGUCGCACCGCCGCGGCCCCGCCGUCCGCUGCCGCCCCGGCCCCCUUGCGGCGUAGCGAAUCGGCGGGUCGGCGGCCCCUCCGCCACACCGGCCCGCACCCAGCCGUCAUCCCCCGGCGGGACUCGGACUACGAGCUGGAGCCCGAGCGCGGACGCAAGCGGGCCAUCGACAACCAGUACAUGUUGUUCUGA